GCUCCAUUUUAUCAACACCCACCUUCUUGGAUUCACAUGCAUCACUCAUUUAUGACCCCCCAAUUUCCACACCUACGCGCAUUCAUUUGGAAAACGAAAAGGUUAAAAUUUGCUUAGAAACCACCUUUACUCUUCCCUGGAAUUUUGAUCUGUUUUCCUUCUUCAUUCUCAUAUUCUUAUUGUUUCUAGUUUCUUUCAGACGUAUUGAACGAUCGGUUUUCUGAUUUUAAACACUACAUCGAGAUAUAUUUUUCUUCUCAAACAUCGUCAUGUUGUCAUUACCUUCAACUUCCUCAUCCAAUUCUAGAAAGAAAUAUGAUGUUUUCUUGAGUUUUAGAGGCGAAGAUACUCGCAGAAACUUCACCGAUCAUCUCUAUGCUGCUUUAAAGAGGAGAUGGAUCGUCACUUUCAGGGAUGAUCAAAAGCUGGAGGCCGGCGAAGAGAUCGCGCCAGAACUCUUGAAAGCAAUUCAGGAAUCAUGGUGCUCGGUAAUCGUUUUUUCACAAACUUAUGCCUUUUCAAGUUGGUGCUUGGAGGAGCUUGCUGAGAUUGUUAAACAACAUAAAAACGACGGCCAUAAAGUGUUUCCAAUUUUUUACGAUGUUGAUCCAUCUGAUUUAAGAAAUCAAAAAGGGAAAGUGAAAGAAGCCUUUGCCAAACAUGAAGAGAGAUACAAAGAAGAAAGUGAGAAGAUCCAAAGGUGGCGAAAUGCUUUAAUUCUAGUGGCUGGAGUCAAGGGAUGGCAUUUAAGUAACAGGCAUGAAUCAGACUUUAUUAGGGAGAUUGUUCAGGAGAUAUCAACAAAACUUUGUCAGGCAUAUCCAGUUACUCAUGAUAGUGGCUUGGUUGGAAUUCCUGAACGCUUGGAGGGUUUAUAUUUGAAAAUAAACAUCGGGGAAAAUGAUGUCCGCAUUAUAGGGAUUUGUGGAAUGGGUGGUAUCGGUAAAACAACACUCGCAAACCGUGCUUAUAAUGAAUUGUCACCUCAUUUUGAAGCUAAAAGCUUUAUUGCUAAUAUUCGAGAAGAUUCAGAAAAAUAUGGACUAGUUUCUUUACAGAAACGUCUUCUUUCAGAUAUCUUUUACGAUGACUACUCCAGAAUUUCCAAUGUUGAUGAAGGGAAUAAUAUAAUUAGACAUAUGUUGCCUCGCAAAAAGGUUCUUGUUGUUCUUGAUGAUGUUGAUAACAUACAACACUUAAAAUACUUGGCUGGAAGGCAUGAUUGGUUCAGAUUAGGGAGUAGAAUCAUUGUAACAACAAGAGACGAACAUUUGCUUCGAUGUUGCCAAGUUGAUGACGUGUAUAUCUCCACAACAUUGAAUACCAAAGAUGCGCUGCAACUUUUCAACCGGAAAGCUUUCCAUAGUGCUACAGUACCGGAAGAUUUCAUUGGGCUUUCUUUCCAUGUUGUAAAAUAUGCUGAUGGUCUCCCUUUAGCUCUUGAAAUUUUGGGUUGCUUUUUGUGCGGUAGAGAUGCUACUGUAUGGAGAAGUGCAAUUGAAAGACUUAAAAGAGAUUCUAAUAAAGAAAUUCUCGAUAAACUUCGAAUUAGUUUUGAUGGCCUGGAAGAAACGGAGAAGAAUAUAUUUCUAGAUAUAGCAUGCUUCUUUAAUGGGGAGAAGAAAGAUUUUGUAAUCAAAGUAUUGGAUGGUUGUGAGUUUUUUCCAGAUAUUGGCAUUGAUGUUCUCAUUAAAAAAUCUCUCAUAAAAGUCGAUGAACACAAAGAAUUGAGGAUGCAUAACUUGUUGCAAGAAAUGGGAAGAAAAAUUGUUAAAGAAAAAUGUGUUGAUGAACCUGGAAAACGUUGCAGAUUGUGGGAGGAAAUGGACGUCCAUCAUGUCCUAACAAAAAACACUAAUAUAAUAAUGCUAAAUAAAAUGGAAUCGAGCAAGAUGCUCAACUUGAGUGUCGAUGCCUUUUCAAAAAUGAAAAAAUUGAGAUUGCUCAAAGUACUUUGCCUGUCAAAUUGUGAUUAUCUCAAAUUUCUUUCUAAUGAGCUACGGCUUUUAGAUUGGAAAGGAUGCCCUUUAAAAUCAUUGCCUUCAAGCUUCCAACCGGACAACCUUAUUGCACUUCUUUUACCAUAUAAUCGUAUUCAACAACUAUGGAAGGGAAAUAGACUCUUGUGUAAGUUGAAAUUGAUGAACCUUGAAGGGUCCCAAAACCUGAUCAAGACACCAGACUUCACAACGGCAUCAAAUCUUGAAGUUCUAACAUUGAAGGGUUGUACCAAAUUAGUGGAUGUCCAUCCAUCAAUCGCAGUACUUAAGAGCCUUAAAGUUUUGAAUUUAAGAGAUUGCAAAAGUCUUAGGAGUCUUCCGACCAUAAUUGGAAUGGAAUCUCUUGAAACAUUAAUUCUUUCGGGUUGCUCAAGUCUUGUAAGGUUUCCGGAGAUUGAUAGGAAAACGAAACGUCUAAAAACUCUAGAUCUUUCCGGUUGUUAUAGAGUUGAAAAUUUAUCAGAGAAUUUGCAGCAUGCAAAGUUUUUGGAAGAGCUCGACUUUAGUGAAACAGCCAUAACAGAACCCCCACCCUUCAUUUUUCAAUUUAAAAAUCUUAAAGUUCUGUCUUUCAAUGGAUGCAAAAGAGGAAGGACAAAUUCCAUCGCUCCGAUGUUACCUUCAUUGUCAGGUUUGAGUUCAUUAGGAAAGCUAAAUCUAAGGGACCGCAAUCUUUGUGAAGGAGAUAUUCCCCCUGAUAUUUCUGGUCUAUCCUCUUUGAAAGAACUUGAUCUUAGUGGUAACAAUUUCACCAGUAUACCUGCAUCUCUUACACGACUCUCCAAGCUUGAAGAUCUUAUACUGUCAAAUUGCAACAUUUGCACUCUUGGUGAAGCAGAUAUUCAUGGUCUGUCCUCUUUGAAAUGGCUUUUUCUUAAAGGUAACAAUUUCAUCACCGUUCCUUUGGCUCUGACUCAACUUACCAAGCUUAAAUUGCUUGAAUUAUCAAAUUGCAUGAAGCUUAACUCGUUGCCUGAGCUACCAACAAGUAUAGAAGAUGUGAGGCUAGAUGGUUGUUCUUCACUUGAAGUAGUUGCAAGUCCAUCAAAAGUAUGCAAUUUAGUGGAUAUGGCUGCUAUUAGAGCCUUUAACUGCUUCAAAUUGGCUGAGAAUAUCAAUGCAUUAACACUGCUGAGAAAACAUCUUAAGGCAUUUGCAAAUUCAAGAAAAAUGUUUGAUAUUAUCAUGCCAGGAAGUGAAAUCCCAGAAUGGUUUAGCCAACAAAAAGGUGACUUCUUUAUUAAGAUUCCCUUACCUAUCAACCUUCAAGAGGAUAGUGAAUGGAUUGGGGUUGCUUGUUGCUGCAUUUUUGUCAAUAAUGAUGCUUCAAGGGAUGUGGGCUUUAUCGACUGUGGAGCGUUAAUGUAUGGUAGAAAUCGUCGACUGAUUGAGAGGAGAGGCUGGUUGGUGGGUAAACGAUUCAGCUAUCCCAUACUGAAAGAUCACAUUUUUCUUCGUUAUUGGUCGCGUGAUAAAUUAUAUCCAUUUUCCUUGAAAGAUAAAUAUGGUGGCUGUGAAACCAAUAAUUUACGGACAACAGAUUGCUUAGAUCAUAAACGUGAUGGGCUUCAUGUGUAUUUCAAUGGUCAUAGCCUUAAGGUGAAGAAGUGUGGUGUUAGAAUAGUGUAUGAGAAAGAUUUGGAAGAAAUAAAAGAGUUGCAGUGCCAUACCCCUCAAUCUUCACCAAAUUUUGAACACAUCCACCAACACUCUGCUCACAACCAUGGAUCAGUAGGUAGCACUUCUGACAUUAAACAAGAACGUAAUAUCUCCGAGGAAGCGGAGGAAGAGGGGCUGCAACCAAAACUGUUGCAAAAAUUUUUCAAUUUUAUAAUGGGCCAAUCAGGGAAGAAGCAUUAACUGUGGCUAAUAGAAGUAUGAAAGUUUGCUCAAAGAAUCAUGCUAGUGAGGGACCAACAAAAGUCAUCAAGUUGGAAUGAAAGCGGACACUUCAGCAAUUAUAGGCUCGGAUUAAUUUAGAGAAUUAGGAUUUUGAGAAAUAGGUAAUGUUAUUACUUAAUUAGCUUUCUUUUUUUUUUUUUACAUGUAAUGUAAAUUAUAGUAUUUUAAAUAAACUUUUUUGAAUUUUUUGCUUCUCUGCACCUUGGUGCUGCUUGUGCUGCAUGCAGGCUAACUCUAACAGUAAUUUAAUUUGGUUGAAAAUGAACUUAGCUGUUGAUGUAUCGAUAUGCUUAGGUGCUGAUUGAGCUGAUAAGUCUGCUUAUUCAUACAUACAAGCCAUGUUUUUAAUUGUCCCAAUGCUGAUUAGUGGGAUUAUUUUCAUAUUGAAUGAGCAAGCAUAUCAGUUUUGUAAAA